AAUUCUUGGGAUUCCAUUUCAGUGGAGACAACUCAUUUAACCAUCACAACCGCAAUAACACCUCUCCCCUUCCCUCCCGGCUCCUACACCUCUCCUCCCUCUUCACCAUUAUCACCAACCUGCAACAAAAUCUGCAAUCCCCAUAAACCCAAAAAGAAAAAAACUCAAAAACCUAUCACAAAACUUUCUUUUUUCCUCUUGAUUUUGCAUAUUUAUAUACAAAAAAACACAUAAAGUUUGUGACUUUACGGAUAAAAAUCACAACUUUAUGGGUUAUCUAUCAUGUAAAGCUGAAUCUUCCAUCUCAAUUUCCAAUUCUCAGAAAACCCAUAAUCAGGAAAAGGAGAAACCCAUCAAAAUUCAGGAGUUUAACUACAGGGAUCUUGAAGCUGCCACUAAUGGUUUCUCUGACCAAAAGCUUCUUGGUAGGGGCAGCCAUGGACUUGUCUAUAAAGGAAUACUUCGAAAUGGCCGUCUUGUAGCUGUCAAAAGGUCUUCUAGAGGUGCCCCAAGAUUCAGCACAGAUAAUUGUAAUGAGGUAGAGAAUGAAAUUGAUAUUCUUUCCAAAUUGCAAAGUCCAAGAUUGGUUAAUCUUGUUGGUGUUAGUACUGAUUCUCAUGACAGGCUUUUGGUUGUUGAGUUUAUGUCUAAUGGUACACUUUAUGAUGUCCUUCACUCCAAUUCUCGUUCAAUUAGUUGGGGGAGGAGGAUAAAGUUAGCUUUACAAACUGCUAAAGCUGUUGAUAUUCUCCAUUCUUUGAGCCCUCCUGUAAUUCAUCGCGAUAUUAAGUCUGCUAAUGUAUUGAUAGACAGGAAUUUUAAUGCACGUUUAGGUGAUUUUGGGUUAGCGUUAAGGUGUCAUCUUGAUGAUUUUAGGUUGAGGUCUACUCCUCCUGCAGGUACAAUGGGUUAUCUUGAUCCAUGUUAUGUGACUCCUGAUAAUUUGAGCACCAAGACUGAUGUUUUCAGUUUUGGGAUUUUGUUGUUGGAGAUUAUUAGUGGGAGGAAGGCUAUUGAUGUAGUGUAUUCGCCGCCUUCUAUUGUGGAUUGGGCCAUUCCUUUGAUUAAGAGAGGGAAGCUGUUGGCUGUGUACGAUCCGAGGAUUCCACCUCCCAAGGAUCCUUUGGUGAGAAAGCAAUUGGCAAUUGUGGCUGCUAAAUGUGUGAGGACUUGUAGGGAGAGGCGGCCAACAAUGAAGGAGGUUGUUGAAUGUUUGAGUGGGUUGAGUAAGUUGGUGCCCUUACAUUCUUGGAAUGGUUUUACCAAUCCUUGUUUGAUGGUUGAGACCGUGGGGCGACCUGUGGAGUCGAAAACAAGCCAGUUGAACUUGAGGAGAAAAGAAAGAGAUUUGGAUGGUGGAGAUGCUAGACUUGCAACGCCACUCAGGAAUUCCCAGAGGGUUUACUCUGACUUGGGGUUCCGCAGCAAUUUGAUGGACUUAAUGUCUGGAAAUGAUGGGCAGUCUGAAUUUCGGGGAGAUGGUGAUGGGGUUGAACCUAAGGCGAACUCUAUCAGUAGAGCUUUGAGCUGCAGAUAUGUAAGCGGCUCAGUUGUUGGUAGAAGAAACAAUGAGUCUUUAGUUCACAGCAAUGGUAGAGGAGGUACAUCACGUUUGAGAAGAAACAAUUCAGUUGGUGAGCAUUCAGAUAGGGAUUAAGGAGCUGAUAUGAUUGUUAGUGCAAUUGUUUCAGCUCUGGAUGCAAACCUUUGUAGAGCAUUGUUGUAAUAUUUAGAAAGUCAUUUGGAAUCUUUUCUGAUUUGAUGAGCAAGCUUAUUCCUGUGGAAUGAACCAGUUUUCUGGAAGUGGUCGCUAGCUUUUGCAAGGUACAUUAAUAAGUUUCCUUGUGUUCAUCAGACUUGCAUUGAUAUUGAGCUCUUAUAUUGAUAUUUAGCUCCUAAACUGCAGUGGAAAGUGGUUCUAACUGUUCUUUUUGUGAAAAUUUUGGACACCUCAACGCGGAAAUUUCCGUGUUCAUGAAAUAGAAAUACUCCUGAUUGGCAUACUUCCUGUAACUGACUUAUGUGGACAGGGAGCUGGAUGCAGUAGUAUCUUGAAAUUGUUGAUGCAGGUAUCAAAUGUAGCAAUAUGCUCAAAUCAGUAGGACAAAGAUGCAGUAUAAAAGAUUUUAAGCAUGGUAUUAUCCACCUUUUCCUUGUUGAUAUUCAUUCAAAUAUUAAUUUGAAUUAACUAGUUUUUGUACAUGAGCAGACACUCUUAUGUUGUAUAUUUUUGCAUUGCAUCUUUUUGAUGCCUAGUAAUGAAAUAUUCUUACUUCAUCAAAAAAAAAAAAAGAAUCUGUAGUGGAAAACUAACUAAUUCGGAAUGCUCAGUAAUUUCUGUCCUCAAAAUUGCACUUUUAUCUUAUUGAUUAUAUAAACGAAUACGAUGCUCAUUCACCAACCACGAAGAUGCAGACAUCUGUUACAAGAUCACACAAAUGUGCAUUUUAAACAAACAAUUAAACAUUUCCUAGAGGAUUUUGUCCUUGACUGUAUUUAUGAUGUUGCAACAUUUCUGGCUACAUUUUUAAGCAAAAGUUGGGUGUAGUGUCUCUCGGCUACCAGCAUUUCCUCUUCUACUUUUGUUGUUGGGGGAUUGGCCAAGUGUUAGUUCACUUCUUGCUAGUUUAAGUUAUUCCUUGGCGAUUGGGUAAGCAGUCUAGGAUUCUCACUCUUACUUGAUUGAGACCGAGAGUCAGGGCAUUAGAGGGAGAGUGUAGGGUCUUGCAGGACGUUAGGCACAUGUCCGAUCCAUCUUCUAAUUUCGAAUAUCAGUUGUUACGUACGUCUGUUCUAACAGAUGGUACUUAUUUUGGAAUGUGUCUUAUUUCUUGAACAGAACUGUAUAAACUCUUUUUUUCUAAUGAAAAGCCUGCAUCUCCUAGUGUAUUUGUUACAUAUCUUGCAGAAAAGUAGAUUGUAUUUGUUACAUGCUAGAUUUACAUAUUGUGUAGAAAAGUAGCUGAACAAGAUUGUGAUGUUGGUCAAGAGAAAAUAUGAGAUUUACAUAUUGUAAAAAGUAGCUGAACUAGAUCUUGUAUUGUGAUGUUGAUCAAGAGAAGACAUGCUUAUUUUA